AAUAUACACAUAUAUACAUCAUCUUCAUAUAUCAUCUCAAUUGUGAUUCAGUAUCACAUAAUAUUAGCAUAAUUAUGGUGAAUCAAACAUGCACCAAAAUGGCUCUUCUCCUCUCUUUCUUCUGUGUCAUUGCUAUCUCAAGAGCUGUUGUAUCGAACCGGAUCGGUAUAAACUACGGGCAGUUAGGAAACAACCUUCCGUCUCCAGCUCGCUCGAUCGAACUCUUAAAACACAUGAACAUAGGCCGGGUCAAACUCUACGACGCCGACCACGAAAUCCUGAACCUGUUGUCGGGGACAGAUAUCGACGUUGCAAUCACAGUUGCAAACGACGAAAUCUCAGGCAUUGCUGCGAGUCAACACCUCGCAGACCAAUGGGUGUAUGAACAUGUCAUAGCUCACUAUCCUACCACUCGAAUUCGUUUCGUGCUUGUCGGUAACGAGGUUUUCAGCUCCAUUAGCACACCCGAAGACAUGCAAAUAGCGCGCGUUCUUGUACGCGCUAUGAGACGGAUUAAAAACACGAUUAAAGCGCUAGGGAUUCGCAACAUUAAAAUCGGAACCCCUCUAUCAAUGGACAUAAUGGAAACAACAACAUUUCCACCAUCAAAUGGCACUUUUAAGCAAGAGUUACAACAACUAAUGGUACCAUUGUUAAAAUACAUAAAUGGGACAAAAUCAUUUUUUUUCAUAAAUGUAUACCCUUACAUUGAAUGGUUUGAAAGCCAAGUAUGGAAUCAAACCGCGAUAAACCUCGGUUCAGCUUUAUUUAGAAGCGAUGACGAGAGCUACACUGACCCGCAAAGCGGGCUAGAGUACACAAAUCUCCUAGACCAGAUGCUUGACUCGGUUGUGUAUGCAAUGGCGAAACUGGGGUAUAAUGAUGUGAUGCUCGCGAUUAGUGAAACGGGCUGGCCACACGAAGGUGAGUCGGGUGCAAACCGAUACAAUGCGGCUGAGUACAUCAAUAACCUUGUUAGAAAAAUGACCGCGGUUCCAAGUAUAGGGACCCCGGCCCGGCCCGGGGUGGUUAUUCCAACUUUUAUAUUUUCUAUGUAUGAUGAGAAUCAAAAGUUUGGGCCGAGUACAGAAAGGCAAUGGGGCUUGUUUAACCCGGAUGGAAGCCCGGUUUAUGAGGUGAACAUAACUUCAAUCGUAUGAGAUCGAGUCGUUUGUUGGUGAAAUAAUUUGCGGUAAAUAAGGAAGUAUUAUGUUUAAAACAGUUCUUGAACGUUUGUUAAGCAAUGUUUUGUAA